GGACCGUAAGAGGGAGAAGCAGGAGCCUCCUCCUCCGGCCAAGUUCGAUGACGACCAUUGGGAGGAGCCACGGUCCCGAACAAAGCUGAAGCUCUUUGGAGAAGAAUGCAGUGAUGAGUUUCGACAGAUGUGGAAAUAUCCCUUGUCUGAUGAAAGCCGGCGAAGCUUUGCUGGGUACAUUCCCAAAGUUCUCAAUGAAGAACUCUGUCGCAGCUUCUUCACGAAGAUCAAGGAUUCCUGCGAGUGGAAACAGCCUGAAGGAGCCUUCGGCCAGAUUCCACGAAAGACGUGCUGGAUGGUGAAGGGAAAUUGCAAGUGCAAGUAUCGGUAUGGCGGCCUGGAAGUGCAACCCGAAGAAUUCCCAAAGUGGAUGAUUGAGUUGAUGGAGGUUGUAUUGAAACCUUGCGGAAUUGCGCAGAACGACUGGCCAAACUCCUGCAAUUUGAACCUCUACGAGGAUGGUGGCAUGACAGUUGGUUGGCACUCCGAUGACGAACGCUUAUUCCAAGGCAAGUUCAGAGAUUGCAGGAUCAUCUCCCUCUCCUUGGGUGCCACGCGAAAAUUUGAAUUGCGACGGAAUUGGCCCGAGGACAGGGAGGACCGCGUGCAACGAGUGGUUCUGAACACUGGAGACCUUCUAACUAUGGAGGGGAUGUUUCAGAAGCACUUUCAACAUCGCGUCCCUCGUGAAGACGUUAAGGAGCCGCGGAUCAAUCUGACCUGGCGCUGGGUCAAGAAACACAUUCCUGACUGCCCCGCAGGGCGAUCCAGAAGAGUCUGAGAAUUUCACCUGGCAGUUUUGUUUUUAAAUAAACUCCCAAAGACAUGGAUGGUGCGAUGCGCAAGGCUUGAGCCGAACUUUGCUCUGG